AUGAGCCGAUAUCAGCUGAUACGGUGCGCCGCAGAGUCAAAAAUCUCAAGCGGCGAAAACGCGAAAACUAAAGUAUUUUGUUUUCGUCUGUUAUGGGACUUUGGACAAUACUUGUUGCUUAAACAGGCUUAAAUGGAGGCUUUUGUGGAUAAUCUAGAUGAAGAUGACGUUGGAAGAGAGCGUCUUCCUGCUAAACCCACCUGCUUCAUUAUAUUUGGAAAACCAGGUGUUGGAAAAUCGACCUUGGCCAAAAAAAUUGCAGAAUCAUGGAACUGUAUUCUUGUUGAUGAUACUUAUCUGAUCAACACACAUAUUAGAAACAAAACCAAGGAGGGAAGAGAGCUGUUGAGCAUCUUAACUGAAGGGGAAACUAUUCAGGAGGAUGUGGUUUUGCAGCUGAUUCUUGAUAAGAUUAAUUCCCCCAAUGUUGAGCACUAUGGCUAUGUGCUGAGCUGCCUGCCAUUUAUAUCAGAGGACUCCCUAAAGAUCUGUCAACAGAUUGAACUGAUCCAAAACCUCAAGCUAUCGCCCGAUUUCAUCAUUAACAUCAAGUGUGAAGACAAGGAUCUAAUCCAAAGGCUGUCAGGUCUCAGGCAGAAUCCAGAAAGUGGGCAGCUAUACAACAGGGAUCAGUGGAAGCAAGAGGAUGUAUGUAGCAGGAAUGAGAUUAUGGACGAUGAUGAGGGGCAGGAUGAGGAGGAAGACCUCUCUAAGGAUACUAUUGACCAGGAUGUGUGGAUACCAGAAAAUCUGCCCAGAAAUGCAUUUACCAGAAUUAACAUGUAUAAGGACUACCUGCUUAGACCACUGGAGGACUAUAUUUCAGAGCACAACCCCCUCUACAUCUUGCAGCUGGAUGGAAACAGUACAAUUGAAGAACUACACAUGUCUGUGAUGGCCCGUCUUGAAACCAUGGCUAUAAAGCGUGUCUCUGUUCCAGUCCUCCUCAGCCAUUAUGCUAAACAACUACCAGACAUUGUUGACACAGAAUACCUUCUAAAAUAUAUGUCCUCCAUCAGAACUGUGGCACCUGGUUUUCCGUGGAAAAGAAGCCGCUGGGGCAGAGCUUGUCCUGUUGCCCUAAAGGAGGGCAAUAUUUAUGAAGGAAAGCAUGAAUUUUCUGUUGGCUUUCAGGACAAGCUGUACAUACUCUCAUCUGAGGAGGCCUACUGCAAGUUUGUAGAAAAUCCAUUUAGGUACCUCAUUCCUCCAAUGCCUAGGCCUCCUUGCAAGGUCUCAAUCAUUGGCCCUCCUCUGGCUGGAAAAAGCACCAUAUGCAGUCUUUUGGCCCAGCAUUAUGGUGCAGUGGUGCUCAAUAUAGAAGAGCUGUCACAGCCACUUUUAGCCAAGGCUGAAGAGGAAAGGAUUGAGAAAAUCAAGGAGGAGACCAAACAAACUGCUAUAGAAAAAAUCAACAUGAAAAUGGAGAUGGAUGGUGAAAAACAUUUAGUGACAGAGGAUCAUCCCGAAGUAAAGACCUUGGUGCUUCAUGCAGUUGAGGAAGCCAAAAAAAUUGCCCCAUUUCCCUUUCAAAUAUAUGCUGAUGUGUUGCAGAAGCACCUUCAAGAGAUUGAGGAAAUGGACUCAACUGCUGAGGCCAGAACUGGUUGGGUACUUGACAACUUUCCAAAGAGCCAUAGUGAAAUGGCUGUCUUAGAGAAAGCUGCAAUCCUGCCAGAUUUGAUCAUCUGUCUCGUAGACAGCAGCGGGCAUCAGGUAUUAAAGAGAGUUUAUGAGAAGAAGGAAAAAGUGAAUGAAGCCAUCAAGCAGGGGUUAAAGGAUGAACUGUCUCAGAAAAACGAAAAUGGAUCGUAAGUUCGGAUGCAAAAUGAAAAGGAGUCAGACCGAGAGACUGUUGUUGAGGGGACAGAUGCACUCUGGGAGGAUUCUUACUUUGGCUCUUCCAACAUCACAGAGAGGAAAGAGUAUAAAGAGCAAAUGCAACUAUUUGAGAGGGAAUGGGCCCAAAUGCAGUCCAGUUUAACUGUCAACCACUUCAACCUUGAGGUGGGGAGCAAGAGCCCUGAGGAUUUGCUUCAAGAAAUAAUCCAAAAGAUGGAAAAGCCAUUUCAGUAUGUCGCUAGGCAGAUUUCUAUGCAUGACCCGUAUGAGGCAAAAGGAGAUACUGAGGCCUUAGUGGCACUCGAAACAGCCGAGAAAGACAGCAGUGACAAUGAGACAGAAAGUGAGGAAGAUGAGUCGGAGUCAAGAAUCAAGAGGUCGUUAGGUGAUACCAAGCAUUUCUGCCCUGUUGCCUUAAAAAACAACAAUGUCCUAUGGCCGUCUAAGGAUAAAAUAUCAGCCAAGUACCGUGAACGGAUUUAUUACUUCUCCACCGUAGAGGCCAGAGAGUCCUUCCUACAAAACCCUGCACAGUUUGUUGCACGAAAAGAGCCCCUUCAGCCUCCUGCCUUGCGAAUCUUUUUGCUUGGCACUAGGGGGUCAGGCAAGUCAACUCAUGGUGAAUGGCUUGCACAGAAACUUGGGCUCCUUCACAUACAGUUCAGGGAGAAACUCCAAAUGCAGAUCAUAGCCAAGACAGGUGCACCGGUUCCCCGUGAAGAUGAGGUUUUGUGGCUCAACCAUGAUUUGGAGCAUCUGGAGACUCUAAUAAAGGAUGAGACGGUUGGAGAAAGGGACGUGGAACUUAACUCUGGCAACAUAAACAAAAUUGAGGAGGCUAUGACUGAAGAAGAAUUAGCCAUCAAAGCUUACCUAUCCCAUGGGAAGCCACUGAGUCCAUCCAUUUUGGAUACAAUUAUUUUACCCUACUUUAAAGAAGAGCCAUACAGGUCUACAGGGUUCAUUUUGGAGGGCUUCCCCAGUGAUCCUAAGCAUGUGAAGUACAUGAUGGAGAGGCAGCUGUUCCCUGAUGUUGUUGUUGUCCUGGAAGUUGAAGUUGAGGAUGUUAGACAGCGUCUGCUGCCAGCAUACAUUAACAAGUGGCACAACCUCCGCAUUAAGCAAGAAGAACAGUUAAAACUCCUACGCCAUCUGCGCAGCAUAAAUCGAGAAGAGAAGAUAUCCAAGAGAAGGGCAGAACUUUUGCAAGAACAUGGCCCUCAACAGUCCAGUUUUACUGUAAGGAAACAGGUAAAAAAAGAUCAUGAAGAGGACAAAGAUUUGUCUGACAUAGGAGAUGAGAUAGAAGCUAUACUGAAGGUGGAAUUCCCUGAGGAAGACGAUAUUGUGGGAGUCAAAAAUGAAGAGACGGAAAACGAUGCGAAUGAAAGGAUCAAGAAGGAACUAAAAGACCGUUUUGAAAAAGAUGUGGCCAACCUUGCAACUGUGACAGAACUCCUCAGUGAAAAUGAAAUAUCCAAACUUCCUUUCAAUGCAUCUCAAAAGCUGAGGAUCAUCCAGUAUGAUCUUUUCCAGAAAAUCAACCCCCUGCUGGUGAACAGGGAGUCACUUUUCCAAACAAGCCAGCCCAUCUCAUACAAACUUGCACAGAAGCUGCUGAUCUCCUCCUAUAAGCUUCACAGUGCCUUUGGCUGUUGGGACCCUGUCCAGCAAUACAAAGAGAAGGACAUGAUUCAGCUGGUGCAGUGGCCUCUGAGGAAUACAUAUGCCCUGCUCUUUAAUCAAUAUAUCUACUUUUUUGGAUCCAAGGAAAACCGCAACCUGUUUAUGCUUAAUCCUUUGAAAUACCUUCGACAGCCAAAGCCUACUCCCAGCAUACCUAUAAAAAUAGCUGUGGCUGGACCUCCUAAAUCUGGAAAAACCACUGUGGCACAAAUGUUUGCUGAAAAAUAUGGUUUGGCUCGGCUUUCUAUUGGGGAGGCCAUGCGAAUGGUAUUAAACCACAGAGAGCACAGCCAUUUGGCGCUACAGAUGAGAAGGUAUCUAAACCAGGGCCUUGUUUUGCCUGAUGAACUGGCUAUUCAGUGUCUGGAAGUGAUGCUCCUUCGCUCAGUGUGCAGCAUUCAAGGGUAUGUACUGGAUGGCUUUCCAGCGACUCUUAAGCUGGCAAAACUCAUGGAGUCUCGUAGUAUCAUCCCUAUGAUAGUAUUUGAGCUUAAUAUUGAUACAGUGGAGGUUCUUAGAAGAGGUUGUGUUGACAAGAUAAACCCCAGCAGGCCUUACUUGAAGCUUGACAGCCCUACGAUCUUACAUAGUUGGGAUUCUUCUUACAAGAAAGAGAUCAGACACGUAAGGCAAUUCUUCCAAGAGCAGCAUCAGAACUGGUUUGUCAUCGAUGGCUUGAAAAACAAAUGGUGGAUCUGGAAUAAUAUAUUGAAGGAAGUUAACAUCAGUAUGAAAUGCAUGAAUUCCUACCUGGACAGAGCACAAAGUGGGAAAGCUGCCUGCAUCAGCAGGUUGUGCAUCACACCCAAAGAGCUUAAUUGCCGCCUAGGAGAGUUUGGCCAUUACUGUCCCGUUUGUCUCGCUGUACUCCACCACUUGGUGGAUUGCUCAGAAACCGCAGCCUUGACUCAUGCUGCUGAGUACAAAAGGAAGUAUUAUCGAAUAUGUGGUGAAAGCCAUCUACAGGCAUUCCUGUCAACUCCCGAUGAGUUUCUGGCGCCUUGUUGUCCACAUGACCUCCCACAGCCUUACUUACUGCCAAGAAAGCUGACAGAGUUCCAGGUGAAAAACAAAUUCCCUCAGCAGGCUGAAAUGAAGGGUUUCUGCCCUGUCACUUAUAUUGAUGGAAAGCAAAGGUAUGAAGCAUUAGUUCAAGGAAAAUUGGAAUAUGCAGUGGAAUACAGGGGAAGACUCUACAUUUUUGAGACAAAACAGAAACAGGACAAGUUUCUGAGGAUGCCUGAAACCUACUGGGACCAAAAGCUGCCCUGUAAGGUUCCUCCUCUCUGUGAGCCUGUUUCCCUCACCUCUCUUCCAACACUGGGCUACCUGGAACAGGGGGCAGGAGUCCCAGUGAUUAAAGCCAUGACAGCUGUUGGGUCUCUCAAACCAAAGUUUCCUUUUGUCAGUAUACAAAGGUCAGCUCUUCUUUAUGUUGCAUUCUAUCUGAAAGCUUUCAACCCAAAUGGCACAAAUUCUACCAGACAGAAGUACAAGAAGAAGCUUGCAUCAUUUGAGGAGAACAGUGAGCUCAUUCCGUACCUGAGUUUGGUGAUGAGAGGGGGCUACAAACCCCCCAGUGAACGUCCCGUGGAUUUUGAUUUCAAACUGAACAGGUUUCUGGCACUAAAAGUCCUGGGAUCUAAUGGUGGUCUUUAG